CCCGCCGCCCCCGCCGCGCCCGCAGCCGCCGCCCGCGCGGGGAUGUAGGAUGCUGGUGGGCGCCAGGCUCCAGCGGCGGCGGCGGCAGCUGCAGCAGCCGCAGCAGCCUCGGCGGCGGCAGCCUCUCCUCUGGCCGAUGAAUGCAGACCCGCCGCCGCCGCCCUGGGUUUGGAUGGUCCCCGGCUCGGCCGGGCUGCUCCGGCUGGGCGCCGGGGUCGCGCCCCCGCCAGGGCUGCUUGCUUCGGCCCAGCCCUCCGCCGCCCCGCUGCUCCCGGGGCUGCCCGGCUGGCUGCCGUUGCUGCCGCUGCCCUCUGCGCCAGACCACGCCGCCGCCGCAGCUGUGCACCACUACCCCUUGCUCAACGGGCAGUGGCUGUGUGGUGGUCAUUCUCCAUCGAUUGGACUGUCCCCCUCUUCCACUGUGGAAUUGGUGCCCAUUUUCCCACAUGUCUGCCCAUCUUCUCUUCCACUUCCCAUUGGGAAAAGUUGGAUAGACAAAAGGAUACCUAAUUGUAAGAUCUUGUUUAAUAAUUCCUUUGCUCUGGACUCAACAUGGAUAUAUCCUGAGGAAUCAAGAUUGUUCCACGGGCAUGAGAAGCCUCAACUGUUGGCAAAUCAAGUAGCCGUGUCUCUCUCCAGGCCAGCUCCUGCCUCUAGGCCGCUUCCCACAGUGGUGUUAGCACCUCAGCCUAUCCCAGGUGGUCAUCACAACAGCCUCAAGCCUGUCGGCAGCGGCCCCACCUUUGCCAUCACCACUGCCACCGCCACCAUGGUCUCCAUGGACCCCGAGGGACUUGGGGGCCCGUCCCCCUCCAGCGUGCAGCCCUGCCACUUCCUGACCCUGGCGCCCAUCAAAAUACCCCUGCGGACCACACCCUUCUCUGAUAAAAGCAGAGAGCACAGCCGGGCACCCUGCCCUCCGGCCCUGAUGCUGCACGGGGAGACGAAGAGCCCGGCGGGGGACAGACCAGCCAAGGAGGCUCCAUCGAUCCUAGUGACAGGCGAAGACAGUGCGGCCAAAGGCACGAGACCCGUGGCCUCCACCCCGGUGCCCGGAUCCCCCUGGUGUGUGGUCUGGACGGGCGAUGACCGGGUUUUCUUCUUCAACCCGACAAUGCAGCUGUCUGUCUGGGAGAAGCCGAUGGACUUGAGAAACCGCGGGGACCUCAACAGGAUCAUCGAAGACCCUCCCCACAAGCGCAAGCUGGAGGCGGCAACAACCAAGCCGGGCGAUGGAUCACGUUCCGAAGAUGGCAGGGAAGACCCACACGUGAAAACCAAGAGGAAUCGGACGGAAGGCCAUGUGAGUCCCAGGCCCGAGGAGGCAGAGAGAAAAGACACGGAUGCCAAGACGCCGCCGCCCCAGAUCCUUCUCCCCCUGGAGGAGCGGGUGACCCACUUCCGAGACAUGCUCCUGGAGAGAGGGGUGUCAGCGUUUUCUACCUGGGAGAAAGAAUUACAUAAAAUCGUGUUUGAUCCGCGCUAUCUCCUGCUGAACUCCGAGGAGCGGAAACAGAUAUUUGAACAGUUUGUCAAGACAAGAAUAAAAGAAGAAUACAAGGAAAAGAAAAGCAAAUUGCUGCUAGCCAAAGAAGAAUUCAAAAAACUUCUAGAGGAAUCUAAACUCUCACCCAGGACCACAUUUAAGGAGUUUGCUGAGAAGUACGGCCGGGAUCAGAGAUUUCGACUCGUCCAAAAACGGAAGGACCAGGAGCAUUUUUUCAACCAAUUCAUCCUUAUUCUCAAGAAGCGGGACAAGGAAAACAGACUCAGGCUCCGGAAAAUGAGAUGAGUGUGAGCAAAUGCCAUCAGGCUGAGUGUGGCGGAGGCCUGGGCGGCGGCCGCCCACACAGCCGGGUCGGGAGCCCCAGGGGCCGUGGGCUUCGUUCUCAGAGGGUUAUUGUUUCAUAUUGAAGCUCCCUUUGGUACAAC